CACAUGCUGGAGAAAUGUCUGUCUCCCCCAGAGAGUGCUGUCGUCACCGGUCAGCUCGGGAAGCGGGAUCUACCCCUGGAGGCUCCGCACUUCAGCCGCGGAGGAGCUGAGAGGAGCCCGGGCCAGUCACCGCCAUCCUCUGCAGCCCGUUUACUCAUCUCACCACCGCUGGACACAUUUUUCUUUUUUCAAAGAUAAAGAAAUCUAUCAUUUUCACUUUUUAUUUUAAUUUUUUUUGGCAUUUAUGAGCGGUCGCUAUGGAAGUUCCGUCCACACCCGGGCUGCAAUGCUUUGAAUCCAUCACUGACUAAAACUGGCGGAGAGCUUAAUUAAACCUUUUUUUGUUAUUAUUUUUCUACAUCCAACCACACGUUUUCAGCAGGCGCUGAUCAAGAUCAAGAGAUGUCUAACCAAGGAGUCCGGAGGAAUGGCCCCGUCAAACUGAGACUAACAGUCCUGUGUGCCAAAAACCUGGCAAAGAAAGACUUCUUCCUGGGGAAAUUCCGGAUUACCAGCAGCAAAGUGAAAGGCAAAUGGAAGCAUGCAGAUUCACACAAAGGCCUUCCUGAUCCCUUUGCCAAGGUCGUUGUGGAUGGUUCAGGCCAAUGCCACUCAACAGACACUGUGAGGAAUACGCUUGACCCAAAGUGGAACCAACACUAUGAUCUGUACAUCGGGAAAUCGGAUUCAAUCACCAUCAGUGUUUGGAAUCACAAGAAGAUUCAUAAGAAGCAAGGGGCAGGGUUCCUGGGCUGUGUCCGCCUGCUGUCUAACGCCAUCAACCGCCUUAAAGACACGGGCUACCAGAGACUAGACUUGAACAAGCUGAGCCCCAACGACAGCGACACAGUCAGGGGGCAGAUUGUCGUGAGCCUGCAGUCGAGGGACCGCAUCGGCUCAGGAGGUCAGGUAGUCGACUGCAGUCGGCUGUUUGACAACGAUCUUCCAGAUGGCUGGGAGGAGAGGAGGACCGCGUCUGGAAGAAUCCAGUACUUGAACCACAUCACACGCACCACGCAGUGGGAGAGGCCAACCAGGCCUGCAUCAGAGUAUUCCAGCCCCGGUCGGCCCCUCAGCUGCAUCGUAGACGAGAACACCCCCGUUAGCACGAACGGCGCAACACCCACGACAGCUUUACCCCCCAGCGACGGCGACCAGCGAGCCCAGGAGAGGCGGGUCCGAUCGCAGAGGCACCGCAACUAUAUGAGCAGAACCCACCUGCACAUGCACCCGGACCUUCCUGAGGGAUACGAGCAAAGGACGACGCAGCAGGGUCAAGUUUACUUUCUCCACACUCAGACAGGUGUCAGCACCUGGCAUGACCCCAGGGUACCCAGAGACCUGAGUAAUGUGAACUGUGAGGAACUUGGCCCUCUACCGCCAGGGUGGGAGAUCCGAAACACCGCCACAGGAAGGGUUUACUUCGUCGACCACAACAACCGAACCACGCAGUUCACAGACCCACGCCUCUCAGCUAACCUGCAUCUAGUCCUAAAUCCAAGCUCCAACGGUUCCCGAGGAAGCGGCGAGAGUCAAAACGUCAGUCGUCAGAACCAGGUGAAGGAUCAGGCCCAGCAGGCUCUGGUGUCCCCCGCCCAGCUCCCAGAAGAGGCAGAGUGUCUCACCGUCCCCAAGUACAAGAGAGACCUCGUUCAGAAACUCAAGAUCCUGCGUCAGGAGCUGUCCCAGCAGCAGCCUCAGGCUGGCCACUGUCGGAUCGAGGUGUCCCGUGAGGAGAUCUUUGAGGAAUCAUAUCGGCAGGUGAUGAAGAUGAGGCCUAAGGAUCUAUGGAAACGGUUGAUGGUGAAGUUCAGAGGUGAAGAAGGCCUCGACUACGGAGGAGUGGCCAG